AUGAAUAAAUUGCUUUCACUCUUAGUAGUACUUUCUAUGUUCUUCACCAUAUCCUCAGUUUUGGUUCUUGCAGACAAUGCUCCGGCUUCUUCUCCUCAGUCAUCAGCGAAACCACCGUCUACGGUCUCGGUUCCUCCGGUACAGUCUCCCACGGCUUCUAAAGCAUCCCCUGCAAAGUCUCCAACUUUAUCUCCGCCUUCACAAACUCCGACGAUCUCUCCACCCGGGUCUACCCCACCGCCGACUGUUCAGCCACCGUCUUCGGUUUCCCCGGCUAUCAGCCCAUCCACCAAUGUGUCUUCACCACCGGUUCAACCCCCGUCCACUCCUCCGCCAACUGCAGCGGUGGCUCCGGUAAGUAGUCCUGUUGGGGCCCCAACGGUGACAGAGGGUCCAUCAGUUUCUUCACCACCAGAGGCUGCCUCGGGAGGUAUCCCUUCAAGUUCGGCUACUCCAGCAGAUUCACCGGCGACACUUCCGUCUAGCAAAUCGCCGCCUGGAACUGCACCGUCGAGUUCUUCGCCAGAGACUUCUUCACCGGGUCCUAUCGGCGAUGAUUCGGGUUCAAGAUCAAUUUCCGGGGCUCCAGUUGUUUUGGGUGGCGUGGCUCUUUUGGUUGCCUUGUCUUUUUGA